GUCUAACUGACAUAAGUCUGUGACAUUGACACAUUUUGCCAAGCUAAACAAGCUGUCUAGCUCGUUAGUUAAUGUUCAUUUAUUUUCCAUUAAAAAAUGAACGAAAAUGAUGAAGAUUUAACCACCUUUUGUGAUUCUGCUACCGCAUUAGUUGAAGGAUGUCGCUUGCCUGUUCGUAUGCAAGGAGGAGAGGACUGGCCUUUAGCUGAGAUUAUUAGUAUCAAAGAGCACCAUGGUCAGCGGGGUUAUUAUGUCCAUUAUGUUGAUUUUAACAAGAGACUUGACGAGUGGGUUGGUGAAUCAUGGUUGGACACUCGAAAGGUUCAAUUUCCUCGGAGGGAUGGUGCUACUACUGCAGGGACCACCACUCCUAAGAAGACACACAUUGGAUCAGGAGAUGAUAGUGUCUGCAAUGAGAAUCAGAAGUCAAUUAGCAAUAACAUUAGACCUACUCCUGUGAACCAUCAGCCUCCACAAAAGUUACCCGAAAAAGCUCACUUUAGCAAUGCACUCAAUGGUUCCACACAAAAGAAUGCACAUGUCCCGUUGCCUACACCAAUGCCCCCAGUUAUUGAGCCCAGACAGCUCAUAUCAAGACCGGCCAGUCCAACAUUGGGCCAUGACACCUCAUCGCUAGUCAACGGAGGAGCUGUCUUAGCAGCCGCUCUACAAAAGAAGAUUAACAGGAAAAGGAAGGCGAAUUCUCUAGAUAAUGAGCCCGAUCCAAUACCGGCUUUAGAGGCGGAGAGUGGGGAUACACUACCAAGCGGUGCCGCAACGCCGACCGCUCGUCCGCGACAAUCUGGUAGUCUUGUGGCACACGGCCACGACGAUCUCGUCACUAGAAUGAAGAACAUAGAAAUGAUAGAACUCGGACGACACAGAAUACGGCCGUGGUACUUCGCACCAUACCCUCAAGAAAUGGUUGGGCUACCCUGCAUUUAUAUCUGUGAAUUUUGUUUGAAGUACAGGAAAAGUAAAAAGUGUUUAGAACGUCAUUUGAUCAAGUGCAAACUAAAACAUCCGCCAGGCAACGAAAUUUAUAGGAAAGGAAGUAUAUCGUUCUUCGAAAUUGACGGCCGAAAAAAUAAAUGUUACGCCCAAAACUUGUGCCUGCUAGCCAAACUGUUCUUAGAUCAUAAAACAUUAUAUUACGAUACGGACCCCUUCUUGUUUUACGUGAUGACAGAAUUUGACUCCAGAGGUUUUCACAUAGUAGGAUAUUUUUCAAAGGAAAAAGAGAGCACCGAAGACUACAAUGUAGCAUGUAUAUUGACAUUACCUCCAUACCAAAGAAAAGGAUAUGGAAAAUUGCUUAUAGAAUUUAGUUACGAAUUAUCAAAGUUCGAAGGUAAAACGGGAUCACCUGAAAAGCCCCUAUCAGAUCUUGGAUUACUCUCGUACAGAAGUUACUGGGCGCAAACAAUACUAGAUAUACUUAUGCACAGUAAACCUGUAGGAGAUAAUGAGAAACCAAUCAUCACUAUCAACGAAAUUUGUGAACUGACCAGCAUAAAGAAAGAAGAUGUUAUUAGCACAUUACAAAACUUAAACUUAAUUAAUUAUUAUAAGGGCCAAUAUAUAAUAUCUGUUAACCAGGAAACAAUACAACAACACGAUAAAGCAAUGGAGAAACGUAUGCUACGAAUCGAUCCUAAAUGUUUACACUGGACGCCCAAAGAUUGGUCGAAACGGGCCAAAUGUGUUUGAAGAGAUAUUAUCUCGAAGAUGCGAGCUAUCUAACACAGGCUUCCAAACGUAGAAUUAUCAUUCAAAGGGAUUCAUCUGUUAUUUAAACAAGAUAUUGAACAAUGGAGACUACAACAAGAAUCUUCAGCCGAAUUUUGUACCGUGUUAGUACUUAUUUUGUUUGAUAUGCCGUUCAGUAUAUAUUUGUCGUUUGUUAUUCGAAAAUGCCAUAGAACACAAAAUAUAUUGAUAGACUGAAU